ACACAAUUCCACUCUUUACAAGACAUCGACCCUUACAAAAGGCGCGUUUUCUUCUUCGCAGCUUGGGGGAAACGAAAAUCCCAAAAUUUUGAAAGGCCGCCAUUUUAUCCUCUGCCUUAUUUCAAUAGUUCUUCUCUCUCACUUAUCAAUACCCAAAAAACCUUAAUAUCAUCACCACUCCUCAUUUCUUGCAAUCUACGACGCCGAUCAUGAAGUUCACAAAGCUUUCAAAGGAUCCGGAAUCGAGAUCAUUAUCGGGCUAGGAAUUCCUAAGAGAUUCAAGGACAAUCUAGGAUCGAAGGCGGCUGUAACAAAUGUUGUUCAUGACAUCGGUCACAGAAAAGGGAAAUUCACCAUUUUCAUAAAUUCAUCAUCCGCGAACCCUUAAUAGGUGGCGUCUCCGGUGGAAAUAAAAGGUGAAAUUGAACUCUCCCGGAGAGAGAGAGAGAGAGAGAGAGAGAGAGAGAGAGAGAGAGAGAGAGAGAGAGAGAGAGAGAGAGAGACACUUGGGCCCAGACUUGCAAAACCAAUAUCAUCAUCUUGUUCUUCCAUCACUAGCUUCAACAAUGGAUGAUUUCCAUAAUCCACGAGUUCAGGCACUGUUCGUACUUUGGAAAGUCAAAAUCAGACCACCAACUACGAACCUCCGAUCCCAUACUCCAUGAAAGAUACGAACGACGAAUAUUUACCAAACCUGCGAAUCGAUUAAAUUCCAAGAAAACGAAAAUUCGUGUGACUGAUUUCGGAUUCCAAUUGCAAAACUCCGAACGAAAGUGUCGACUUGCGAACCAAUCAGUGAGACAUUCAAUUACGUGCGAACCUUUGUUUGAAGUUAAAGCGAUUUCGAAAUCGAGUUCAGCAGUGCUCAACCUCAGUGAAAAUUGUACAUCAGAACUUCUACAACCUUACUUGGAUGGGAUUGUGGGGAAAUUACUUGUACUUUUACAGAAUCCAAAGCAGAUGGUGCAAGAGGGAGCUUUGACUGCUUUGGCAUCUGUUGCUGAUUCAUCUCAGGAGCAUUUUCAAAAGUAUUAUGAUGCAGUUAUGCCAUACUUGAAAGCUAUACUCAUGAAUGCGACUGAUAAAGCUAAUUGUAUGCUUCGUGCCAAAUCCAUGGAGUGUAUUAGUUUAGUUGGAAUGGCUGUUGGAAAAGAUAAGUUCAAAGAUGAUGCUAAACAGGUUAUGGAUGUCCUUAUGUCACUUCAAGGUUCCCAAUUGGAGACAGAUGAUCCAACAAUAAGCUACAUGUUACAAGCAUGGGCAAGACUCUGCAAGUGCCUAGGGCAAGAUUUUCUCCCUUACAUGAAUGUUGUGAUGCCACCAUUGCUUCAUUCUGUUCAACUUAAACCAGAUGUUACAAUUACUUCUGCUGAUGAUUCAGACGAUGAUAUUGACGAGUCUGAUGAUGAAAGCAUUGAGACUAUUACACUUGGAGAUAAGAGAAUAGGGAUCAAAACUAGUAAGGGUUUUUCCCAUGGAAUCGAUCAGGUUGCCCCAACAUUAGUACCACAUCUUAAAUUCUAUUUCCAUGAAGAAGUUAGGAAGGCUGCAGUUUCAGCUAUGCCUGAGCUUAUUCGUUCAGCAAAACUAGCUGUUGAAAAGGGGCAAUCUCAGGGUCGCAAUGAGUCAUACGUAAAACAGUUGUCAGACUAUAUCAUACGAGCUUUAGUAGAGGCUCUUCACAAGGAACCUGAGACUGAAAUUUGCUCAAGUAUGAUUGAUUCAAUCAAGGGAUGUGUACAAAUCUGUGGGCCCCUUUUAGAUGAAAAUCAAGUUAGAAGCAUUGUUGAAGAGAUCAAACAGGUGAUCACUGCCAGCUCAGCAAGAAGAAAUGAAAGGGGCGAAAGGGUCAAAUCAGAGGACUUUGAUGCAGAAGAAGGGGAAAUGUUGGAAGAAGAAAACAAACAAGAGGAAGAACUUUUUGAUCAAGUUGGUGAUUGUUUGGGUACUCUUCUGCCUCUUUUUGAUGAACUCUUGCCUUACUUGAUGCCAUUCUGGGGCAAGGAUAGGACCUCUGAGGAGAAAAGAAUAGCAAUUUGCAUAUUUGAUGACGUGGCAGAGCAUUGUGGAGAUGUAGCUCUAAAAUACUAUGAAACUUUUCUACCAUUGGUGUUGGAGGCAUGCAAUGACACAAGCACAGAUGCUGCAGUUUAUGGUGUUGGAAUUUGUGCAGAGUUUGGUGGAGCUGCAUUCAGACCUUUUGUUAAUGCUAGGAUUUGCAUGAUUGAAAAUUGCAACAGGACAUGUGCAUCUGCUCAUGAAUCUGAUCGAGUAGUUCAGGUAGUCAGCAGUCAAUGUAAGUUUCUUGAUUUGUAA